AGGAGGAGGAAGAGGAGGAGGAGGAGGCAGCAGAGAGGAAGGAAACGAGGAUAACGUCACGAAGACUCGGAGUAAAAACAGGCUGUUUAAUGGACGGACCGUGACGAGGGCUGCGAACUGGGGGUCGAUUUCUGCUCGUUUUGGACAAAGAUGUUUGUGUUCGAGUCUCCGCUGUGAAGAGGAGCGGCCCGUUUGAGCGAGGAAAACCGCGACGCACAGCAGCGGAUUUCAUCUCGCUCCUUUUCUUUCUUUCUUUGAUUUUUUUUUUUUUUUUUUGCGGGGCUCCGCUAAAGCAGGAAAAUGGAAGCGUGCGAGGCUCUCAUCGUGACACAUUGAACGUCAUUUUCUGCAAAUAUCCCCUCCUGUUCUUCAUCUUUUAAUGCUCAACGAAGACGUCCACUUAAAUCGUGCGCCGCUUCUUUUUAUUCGGGGGACGCUCCUAGUGUCAGCUGUAUUCAGAAGCAUCGGGAGAAAUUCACAGGUGAAAGAACUCAGCAAAAUUCAAAAUGAGUGAGUUGGAGCAGCUUCGUCAGGAGGCAGAGCAGCUGAGGAACCAGAUUAGAGAUGCCAGAAAGGCAUGUGGUGAUUCUACGCUGUCACAGAUGGCUGCUGGUCUGGAUCCUGUGGGUCGGAUUCAGAUGCGGACGAGACGCACCCUCCGUGGUCACCUGGCUAAGAUCUACGCCAUGCACUGGGGCUCAGACUCAAGGCUUCUGGUUAGUGCUUCUCAAGAUGGAAAACUCAUCGUUUGGGACAGCCACACGACUAACAAGAUCCAUGCCAUCCCCCUGCGCUCCUCCUGGGUCAUGACGUGUGCUUACGCCCCCUCUGGGAACUAUGUGGCCUGUGGAGGCCUGGACAACAUCUGCUCCAUUUACUGCUUGAAGACGCGUGAAGGCAACGUCAGGGUCAGCAGGGAACUACCUGGCCAUACAGGUUACCUGUCAUGUUGCCGUUUCAUAGAUGACAAUCAAAUCAUCACAAGUUCUGGAGACACUACCUGUGCGAUGUGGGACAUCGAGACGAGUCAGCAGACCACCGUUUUCUCCGGCCACACCGGUGAUGUCAUGAGCCUGUCCCUGUCGCCUGACCUGCGCACCUUUGUGUCAGGAGCCUGUGAUGCUUCGGUCAAGCUCUGGGACAUCAGGGACAGCAUGUGCCGGCAGACCUUCACAGGCCACGAGUCGGACAUCAACGCUACCUGUUUCUUUCCCAACGGCAGCGCUUUUGCUACAGGCUCUGACGACGCCACCUGCAGGCUGUUUGACCUUCGCGCAGACCAGGAGCUCAGCGUCUACUGCCACGACAACAUCAUCUGCGGCAUCACCUCUGUGGCUUUCUCGCGCUCCGGCCGCCUGCUGCUGGCAGGCUAUGACGACUUUAACUGCAACAUCUGGGAUGCCAUGAAGGGGGACCGAGCGGGAGUGCUGGCCGGCCACGACAAUCGCGUGAGCUGUCUGGGUGUGACGGAUGACGGCAUGGCGGCGUGCACGGGCUCCUGGGACAGCUUCCUGAAGAUCUGGAACUGAGCAGCCGUACACUGCCCCCACCUGUGGCCACAGGGGUGGUGCUAGUGGGGCACAGUUUGCACCCUGUAUUUCACACUGUAUGUACGAUUUGACAAACCUGUACUGUACAUAAUAUACAUGACUUAUGAGUUUACACACACUGCUUGGAAAAAAGACGACACGAAACUGACUCACGUUCACAGAACUUACGGCUGAUCAAAGUGCACAGAAGCACACGCACACAUUCACUCUGUAAAAUAACAUGUGAGACCAAAAACAGCCAAGUCUUCUUCUUCUUCUCCAAUACAUAAAAAAAAAAUACAAAACACACUUUAUCACUAUUACCUGAAUGAAGCCUUUUAAUGCGCCUGAUAUUUCUCACUGCUCCUCCAGUUCAGCAGGGAAUUGUUGGUCAGUUCUCUCUUUGUUUACAAUGCAGCUCUCCAGUGCACUUCGCAUUUCUUUCUCCACAACUUCUGUCUCAUUUGCAUCUCAGCAACGCUUACGAAAAAAAAAAGAAAAGAAACGACGUGACACCAUUAACGCUUCUUAAUAAAUAAUCACUUUUUCUUAGAUGUACCUUCACAUUACCUUCCGUACAUCUGCUCUGAGGAUUUUUAAUUUAUGUCAAUUUUGACACUUCUUCGUGUUUUCCCAGUGUGCCUCAGAUACACUGACGAUUAGAGACGAUUGAUGCAGUUAAAUGAUCUGGGGUAAAAGAGAAGGAGAAUGAUCUCAGCAGGCAGGAGCCAGUAUUUAUACUUUGACUUUGUCACUGUACUAUCUUCAUUGCUGUGGUAUAACUGUACAUAAUAUUAAUAAAUAAUAGCCACUCCUGCCA